AUAACGAUUUUACCGAUAUAGUGCCAGCUCAACAUAUAUGUAACACACACACACGAAACUAACCUUAACAAAACCAAAAGACAACCCAACAAAAAACAAAACAAACUUCGGUUCCUUGUUCUAAUCUUAUUUUUCUCAAAUUCAAUCCUCCUUCAUAUCUGAAUCUAAAACUUUGAGAAACUCAUCAAAUACUACAAUUCAUUCUAACAACAAAAACAUCCUCAAAAAAUGUCGAACAUUGAGGAAAAUUCAUCUCCCCCGAAUAUACACAUCCAGACUCCACCAACUGCGCCACCUACGACGGAUAGAGACUAUCAGACAACGGCGAACGGAGGAAUUGCCGGAAUAUUGAAGCGGUGGAAGAGAGAAGACUUGAUAAAGAGAGGAUCAUUGGGAUUAAGAGGGAUCGCUCUGCUUUUCUCUCUGAUUUCAUUCCUUGCAAUGGCUAGCAAUAAACAUGGUGAUUGGAGAGAUUUCGAUAGAUAUGAAGAGUAUAGGUAUUUGCUGGCAAUUGCGAUUUUGUCGAGUUUGUAUACUGGUGCUCAAGCUUUUCGUCAAAUUCAAGAACUUUCUAAAGGAAAACCAUUGAUUAAACCAAGUGUAGCAGCUAUAAUUGAUUUUUUCGGUGAUCAGAUAAUGGCAUAUCUUUUGAUAUCAUCAGCAUCUUCAGCAAUUCCACUAACAAAUAGAAUGAGGGAAGGUGCAGACAAUAUAUUUACAGAUGCUUCAGCUGCAGCCAUCAGCAUGUCGGUUUUCGCGUUCUUUUGCUUAGCAGUAUCAGCAGUCAUUUCUGGCUUUAAACUAUCAACUCAAUCUUAUAGUUAUAUUUGAACAACUACAACAAAAUUCUCCAUUUAUUGUUUCAUACAUCAAUUUACUUUUCUGUAAAUCAUCACAUUUAUCUGUAUAUCAUUCUUGUGAAAGGGAGUCAGGCUCAAGAUUCUCCUCCCUUUGGUUGUGUAUGUUACAGUGAAAGAUUAUGAUAUUGAUUUGAUAUACAAACACAAAUAGAAAUAAUAUAUAAUUUUUUCAA